CCGAUGUACGGAUAACGGGUUGAUGUGCAUGGCGCUCGCGUACGGUCAUGCGACGCUAUUAUUGAGUGUUGAUCCGAGGACUGCACAGUAGCCACUAUGCUCCUUCUGUGGCUGCCCUUUACCUGUCGCAGGUGCACCCCCUCCACGGCUGUACGCACACACCACAUAUAUCUUGUCUAUCCGACCACACUCGGAUCACAUCAAUACUGUUGUUCAGGCCGUCUAUUCGACUACCACCCCACACACACCAUAUGCCAUCAAGUUCCUCCGGCCGAAGUACAUCUCACCGUGACAAUACUAGAGCUAUAUAAGGGAUAUUCGUUCGCAGGUGCAUCGGGACCGUAGGCACAUUCAUCGUUUGCACAGGAUCCUGCUACGGACCUCAAAGAGUACGUUGCCUCGGUCGAAAAACAACUAUUGGAGAAGUUGUGUUUCGCACAGCUGAACAUUGAAGACACUCGGAACUAACUCAUCCUCCUGACACCCAGCGCAGCUGACUUCCCAGUGGGUCAAAAUCCAGUUGUGUAACAGCAUACGCAUUACACAUAUCCAAGCUGUCCAGCACGGUGGCAUCUAAUUAACAGGCCCAAGAUCCCACACGUUCCGUGUUCCUCUCGAAUCGCUUUAACAUAUCUAUGGAGUAAGCGACGCCAAGUUGCGACUUCGAUCAAAAUGGUUCCUCCAGCAACGGCUGUAACAAGGCAAGUUUAUCGAGAUGGGUGGUAUAAGAGGCAUGGUCAGUGUCCCCAUGUACAUAGCCGAUGGAAUGCAGGCUACACGUGC